UCCCCUCUUUUGUCAGUGCAGUUUCAGCUGCCCUCUCAAAACCAUCCCAACCCCUAUCUCCACUGUCUCUCUCUCACACACGCUCUCCUUGCCCACGCGCCGCCUCCCCCGGCGGAUCUCCGCCCGAACCUUCCCUCUCCUCCACUAUCAUCCAGAAAAAAACAAAAGCAAAGAGAUUUUAGUCUCUCAGAGGUCUUUGUUGAACAGGUGGUGUGUGUUUAAGCGUUGCCUUUUAGGUUUAUCUUCAUUUCCGGCUUCGUUUGUUUCUAUGUCUUCCUAGAGUUUUGGUUUUAAUAAUUCGAGGAGAGGGAAGAGAAAAAAAAAAAAAAAAAUUGAAAACAUUUGGAAUAGAAGAAAAAAAAAAAAAGGAGCAAAUUUUGGGUAUGGCACAGGUUCAAGCACAGCCUCAAAAUGCGAUUCCGGGAGCGAACGGUGCCGGCGGGGCUAACCAGUUCGUGACGACGUCGCUUUACGUCGGAGAUCUUGACCCGAGCGUGACCGAUUCGCAGCUUUAUGACCUGUUCAACCAGCUGGGUCAGGUGGUUUCGGUUAGGGUUUGCAGAGACUUGAGCACCCGGCGAUCGCUCGGCUACGGCUACGUCAAUUAUAGCAACCCUCAAGACGCUGCAAGGGCAUUGGAUGUACUGAACUUCACUCCUCUCAAUGGAAGGCCUAUUAGGAUAAUGUAUUCUCAUCGUGACCCUAGUAUUCGCAAAAGUGGGGCUGGAAACAUAUUUAUUAAGAAUUUGGAUAAGGCAAUUGACCACAAAGCAUUACAUGAAACAUUUUCAGCGUUUGGGAACAUCCUUUCUUGCAAGGUAGCUACAGAUCCCUAUGGCCAGUCAAAAGGCUAUGGAUUUGUGCAAUAUGACCUUGAGGAAGCUGCCCAAACAGCUAUAGAGAAGUUGAAUGGUAUGCUAUUGAAUGAUAAGCAAGUUUUUGUUGGACCCUUCCUUCGCAAGCAGGAAAGAGAAAUUGCUCUUGACAAGUCAAAGUUCAACAAUGUUUUUGUGAAGAACCUCUCUGAAUCUACAACUGAAGAAGAUUUGAAGAAUUUUUUUGGAGAAUUUGGAAGUCUCACCAGUGUUGCGGUGAUGAGGGAUGUAGAUGGGAAAUCAAAGUGCUUUGGUUUCGUCAACUUUGAGAGUGCAGAUGAUGCUGCAAGGUCUGUUGAGGCUCUUAAUGGGAAGAAAAUUGAUGAUAGGGAGUGGUUCGUUGGGAAAGCACAGAAGAAGUCUGAAAGGGAAAUUGAAUUGAAACAUCGAUUUGAACAGAGUAUGAAAGAGGCAGCAGACAAAUAUCAAGGGGCAAACUUGUAUGUUAAAAAUUUAGAUGAUAGCAUAGGCGACGAAAAACUUAAGGAGCUUUUCACUCCAUUUGGUUCCAUUACCUCUUGCAAGGUUAUGCGAGACCCUAAUGGAGUAAGUAGGGGAUCGGGGUUUGUUGCAUUCUCUACUCCUGAAGAGGCAUCUAGAGCUAUCUUGGAGAUGAAUGGCAAAAUGGUUGUGAGCAAACCUCUGUAUGUUGCACUUGCACAACGUAAAGAAGAUCGAAGAGCUAGGUUGCAGGCUCAAUUUUCUCAAAUGCGACCAGUUGCAAUGACAUCUUCAGUUGCUCCUCGUAUGCCAAUGUACCCCCCUGGUGGUCCAGGCCUUGGACAACAAAUAUUCUAUGGCCAAGCUCCACCUGCUAUCAUUCCUUCCCAGCCUGGAUUUGGUUAUCAGCAGCAACUUGUUCCUGGUAUGAGGCCUGGUGGGGCUCCAAUGGCGAAUUUCUUUGUGCCAAUGGUUCAGCAGGGACAGCAAGGGCAGCGUCCUGGUGGCAGGCGUGCAGGGGCUGUGCAGCAACCCCAGCAGCCAGUUCCACUGAUGCAGCAGCAGAUGCUUCCAAGGGGGCGUGUCUACCGUUACCCUCCUGGGCGUAGCCUUCCCGAUGUUCCCAUGCCUGGUGUCGCUGGAGGCAUGUUUUCUGUUCCAUAUGACAUGGGCGGUAUGCCGCCACGUGAAGCAUCAUUCUCUCAGCCAAUUCCGAUAGGGGCUUUGGCUACUGCACUUGCAAAUUCUCCUCCGGAGCAACAGAGAACGAUGCUGGGUGAGAAUCUUUACCCACUAGUGGAACAGCUGGAGCCUGAAAAUGCGGCCAAGGUAACAGGCAUGCUUCUGGAGAUGGAUCAGACUGAGGUGCUGCAUUUGCUCGAAUCACCGGAGGCUCUGAAAGCGAAGGUGGCUGAGGCUAUGGAGGUUCUGAGGAAUGUUCAGCAGCAGCAGGCUGGCAGUGCAGCAGAUCAACUAGCCUCAUUGUCACUGAAUGACAACCUCGUUCCCUAAGAAGAUUGAAUGCGUGGUUUAUACCUUUUUAAAAUGGUUUGAAACUGUUUAGGCGUGUGGCUUUGAUUCAGUUAAAAGUGAGUGCCUCGUGUACGAUAGGCUGGUUUUGUUUUGUACUGUUUGAGUUAUUUUUCAUAAUUUUGAAGAUUGUGACAUCCAUGCUAUACGGUUUUUACUUGGAAUGAUGGUGAAUAAUAUGUUGGAUUGGAUAUUGUCCAACUUCUCUCUC